AUUGAGUUAGCACCUCCAGAUGGCGACAAGAAAGACAAGAACAAGAAUCGAAUCGGUGGAGCAGGACAUCUGCUGGUUUUCUCCCGCGGUUCCUUGACUCUGGCUGGUCGAUCGAGUUGCCUUUUCCCCAGAUAUAACCAGGUAGAUAGUCUACUUACUGCUCGCCCGCGGUUCCCUACUUAGCUAGCCAGGUCUGGUAUGUACCUACGAUCCACGAGUUAGUGAUAACUGCACCUCUGCAACCUCCCCCCGCGCAUCGAUCGACUUUUCCCUACGAUUCUUGCUCCUUCAUUCCUCGCAUCCCCUUGACAUCUUUUCCCCCGUCUUUCCAGCAAUUGGACCAUCGAGCUCUAGUUCCCCUCGAGCAUCGACAGGGUACCGCUUCCCCAAGCUCGACCCAGGUACUCGCAUUGCCGACGGAGGGGGGCGCCCACCUUUGUGACAAGACUCUUGCUCUCAGCACCGGAGCUGACUCGAGGGCGUGCCCAAUAUGAGAUUCGGGGAGCAGCUACAGUCGUCCCUGAUCAAGGAAUGGACAUGGCACUACAUCGCCUACGAUGACCUCAAGAAGGCGCUCAAGACCGACUAUGUCACUCCGCCAACGCCGCAGAACCCGAAGCCCGACCGGAAACCGUGGACGGAAGACGACGAGAAACGCUUCGUCGCCCUGCUAGAGGGUGACCUGGACAAGGUCUUUACCUUUCAGAAACUCAAACGUGACGAGAUCGUCCGCCGUAUCCAAGCCAGUGAGGGGGAUGUCAACGAGGUCGUCUCGCGGAUAGAACAGGGGGAUCCUCCCACUGAUGAGGAGUUCUUCCUACUUGAGGAAGACUUAAGUGAUAUCAUCGCCGACGUGCACGACCUGGCCAAAUUCACCCAACUCAACUACACCGGCUUCCAGAAGAUCAUCAAGAAGCACGACAAACAAACCGGAUGGCAUCUCAAGCCGGUCUUUGCAGCGCGCUUGAAGGCCAAGCCUUUCUUCCAAGACAACUACGAUGCGUUUGUGGUGAAGCUGUCCAAGCUGUAUGACCUGGUGCGGACCAAGGGAAACCCCGUGAAGGGCAACAGUGCCGCCGGCGGAGAACAGCAGAACUUUAUCCGCCAGACCACCAAGUACUGGGUGCACCCGGACAAUAUCACUGAACUGAAGCUCAUCAUCCUAAAGCAUCUCCCUGUGCUCGUCUUCAACCCCAGCAAGGAAUUCGAGGAGAAAGACUCGGCCAUCACAUCCAUCUACUUUGACAACACAGAUACGUGGGAGCUGUACACCGGGCGGUUGAAGAAGACGGAGGGUGCAGAGGCCAUCCGUCUACGUUGGUAUGGCGGGAUGGAAAAUGAUCAGAUCUUCGUGGAGCGGAAAACGCAUCGAGAGGACUGGACGGGAGAGAAAUCAGUCAAAGCUCGGUUCCCGAUGAAGGAGAAGCAUGUCAAUGCGUACUUGUCGGGCCAGAUGAGCGUGGAGAGCAUCUUUGAGAAGGCCCGGAAACAGGGCAAGAAGUCGGAGAAGGAAAUCGCUGAAUGGGAGCAACUAGCCCGCGAGAUUCAAUAUCGUGUCAUCACCAGGAAACUGGAGCCAGUGACGCGGACAUUCUAUCACCGCACUGCUUUCCAGCUCCCCGGAGACGCCAGAGUCCGGAUUUCGCUGGAUACGGAGUUGACUAUGGUCAGGGAAGACAAUCUGGAUGGCCGUCGUAGAUCGGGGGACAACUGGCGCCGUACGGACAUCGGAAUCGAUUGGCCAUUCUCCCAGCUGCCCCCUGAGGACGUUGAGAGAUUUCCUUACGCCGUCCUGGAAGUGAAGCUCCAGACCCAAGCUGGCCAGGAGCCUCCGCAGUGGAUUCGCGAACUCGUGGCCAGUCACCUCGUCGAAGCUGUUCCCAAGUUCAGCAAGUUCAUCCACGGCACAGCAACCCUCUUCCCAGACCGUAUUAAUCUCCUCCCCUACUGGAUGCCGCAAAUGGAUGUCGAUAUCCGGAAGCCGCGGACGCGUGCCUUCGGCAUCCAACGACCGCCGCCCGUCGCUAGCCUAUCCACCAGUGAUGACCCCGAGGAGGAUGAGACAGAAGACGAAGACCAGAUUGACUCCGCCACCCGUAACGGAAGGCCGCGGCCGGUUGUGUCCUCAGAUGGCCACUUGCUCCCACCAACAGACCCAUCACGCGGAGCAGCGGCGCAGCAGCGAGGCCAGAAUGGUCUGUUCGAAGAGAAUGGCAAUAGUCUCGAUGUCGAAGAACGGGUUGCCGCCCAGUGGCCUGAGGAUGAGGACGAUUAUCCCCUGUAUGACUCGGACUACGAAAGUGAAGGCUCAGAGGAGCUUGAGGAGGCUCGACGGAUUGGUGGAAUGCACUACCGGAAACAACUGCUCAAACACUAUGCUCGGAAGGCUGGAAAUCUCGCCCUCAAUGCGGUCCAAGCCAUUGUUCCACGACCGAGAGCAACCCAGAUUCCCCCGCAAGAAGACUCGAAUCGCAUUGCCGUCCUAGGCAAUAAGCGCAUCGCCAAGCGAUUCUAUGCGCCCAAGGGAAAGCGUAUCCAUGUCCCCGUGCGUGUCGAACCCAAGGUAUACUUCGCAGCGGAGAGAACCUUCCUCUCUUGGCUGGAGUUCUCGAUCAUCCUGGGUUCUAUUGCCGCGGCGCUUCUGAAUUUCGGCAAUGACACCGUUACUCUCUCUUCGUCGUGGGCAUUCACCAUCCUCGCCGCUUUGGCGCUCCUCUACAGUUUGGUUCUCUACAUCUGGCGUGUGGACAAGAUCCGCAAGCGACGCGACGUCAAGCGCGUAUACCACGAAGCGUGGGGUCCUACUGUCCUCUGCCUCGGUCUUGUCGCUGCCAUCUGUGUCAACUUCGGUCUGCGCCUUCGAGGUGGCGGUUUCACGCUCCCCGAGAACGGUGGAAAGUUCAGCGAUGGCCUCCGUGAUCGCGUGGAAUUGUAAAAUAUAUAUAUCUCUCUCUCUAUAAGUAAUUCUUGUCAAUGACUGAUGUUUUGCUUUUUCUUUUUCUUAACGUCUUUCGACGAAUGA